ACCAGCCGUUAUCCUCCUGGCCAUUUUCUGUUUUAACAGCUUCUCCUCCCCUGUUCUGAUCACUCCAUCUUUCUCUUUCCCUCAAUUUUGCAUUUUCCGAUCUCUCUACAGAUCCGACAUCCGAAUUGUAUCCGGGCCGUCCGAACCGAUACAAUGGCGGCAUCACGUCGUCUCCGAGAUCUCCAAGCACAAACUGGUAACAAGGUUUGUGUUGAUUGUUCUCAGAAGAAUCCACAAUGGGCCUCUGUUUCCUAUGGAGUUUUCAUGUGUUUGGAAUGCUCCGGCAAACACCGUGGGCUAGGUGUCCACAUUUCAUUCGUCCGAUCCGUUACCAUGGACUCAUGGUCCGAGAUCCAGCUCCGGAAAAUGGAGCUGGGAGGUAAUGACAAGUUGAACAAAUUCAUGAACCAAUAUGGAAUCCCAAAAGAAACUGAUAUUUUUACCAAAUACAAUACGAAAUCUGCUUCUGUUUAUCGUGAUAGGAUUCAAAAUCUGGCUGAGGGAAAACCUUGGCAGGAUCCACCUGUUGUGAAGGAAUCUGUAAAAGGUCCUAAUAGCAGCAGUAGCAGACCUCCGUUGAGUGGAAGUAGAAUUGGAAAUUCAGGUGGUAAUUCUGGUUGGGAUAAUUGGGAUAGUUUUGAUGAAGGUGGCGAUAGUAACAGUAGUAUGAGGAGAAAUCAGACAGUGGGUGAUUUUAGGAAUGGAGGAGGUAGUGGUGGUGGGCCUGCUAGGUCGAGGUCUACAGAUGAUGUUACAAUGGCGCAGUAUGAGGCGUCUGCCGCGAAUAAGGAUAAUUUUUUUGCUAGGAAAAUGGCUGAGAAUGACUCCCGGCCAGAGGGCCUUCCGCCCUCUCAAGGAGGGAAGUAUGUUGGAUUUGGAUCAAGUUCUGGCUCAAUGCCUAGGAAUAAUAAUAACAAUUCGCAAGGCGAUGUCUUUUCUGCUGUUACUCAGGGAUUCGGUAGGUUAUCUAUGAUAGCAGCCUCAGCGGCACAGUCGGCUGCAACUGUUGUUCAAGCAGGGACAAAAGAGUUUGGCUCUAAGGUGGCAGAGGGUGGUUAUGAUUACAAGAUGAAUGAAACAGUCAAUGUUGUCGCAACAAAAACAACUGAGAUUGGACAGAAGGGCUGGGGUAUCAUGAAGGGGGUCUUAGCUUUAGCUUCGCAGAAAGUUGAGGAAUUUGCUGAGGGUUCAAACCCGAGGGACGAUAGCUGGCAACAAAGUGAAAAUGAACGAAACGGCCAUUAUAAGGAAUCCAGUCAGGCAUCUAAAGGAUGGAAUUCUUCUGGAGGAGCACAAUCAUCUGGUAGGCAGGCCAAUUCGGUCAGCUCAGCGUCCUGGGAUGAUUGGGAUAGUAAAGACAACAGGAAAGAAAAUCCUACCGGAGGGGCUACAUCCAGUAAUGACGAUGGCUGGGCUGGUUGGGAUGAUGGUAAAGAUGAUGGAUUUGAUAAUUUCCAAAGUGCACCUAACAAUAAACAUGUUGCUCAUGGUGGAAAAUCAGAGUCCAAAUGGACUGAUGGAGGUUUCCUCUAAGAGUAGCAGAUGCCACAACUUCUGGUAAUUAUUUUCCCUUCCAAAAUUGAUUUCAACCAGAUUACAUCUUGGAAGGAUUCGUCUCUGAAACUAGUUGAUGUAUGUAGCAUUACGAACAUGAUUGGUUAAUUGCCUCUCAUGUUCAAGAAACAAGGAAUGAUGGAAACAGAACAAACUGUUCUGAUGACCAUUAUUUUUCAAGGUUACAACUUUUAGCUUACAUUUGGAUUUGUAAAGACCAUAGUUGUAUUUACUAUUUUUCUGCAUUUUGGUCGUGUAUUUAGGAGAUUGUCUUUAAUCGUGUACCAUUUAUUUGUGUUGUAUACAGCUGCAUAAUAUAU